AUGGAAGUUCUUCAAAUAACAGCUAAUGACACAGAUGAGGGAGGCUUCCAGGGAACGCUCAGCCUCACUCCAGGUGACAGUGCCUUCCAGCUGAGUCCCACUGGGAUCCUCACUGUGAGCAACUCCUCGCUGCUGGACAGGGAGAGAGUGCCCUCCAUUCACCUGCAGGUCACUGCUAGAGAUCAUUUGCCACCCCACCGAAAUGUGAGCUCUCCUAUCAACAUAGUGCUGCUGGAUGAGAAUGACAACAGCCCAACCUUUACAGACACACCAUACAGACGAGACAUUUUCCUCAACAUGACUGCAGGAAUGGCCCUUCUUCAGGUUACUGCUUCUGAUCCAGAUGAUGGUAUAAAUGGAGAGAUAAGCUUCAUCUUAGCUGGUGGCAACGAAGAUGGACACUUUGAACUGGAUACAUCCACAGGGCAAAUCAGUUUAAAAACAGUAAUCCCAUUAAAAAAUAACCAGCAUAAGAAGUUUGUCUUGUGGAUAACAGCUACUGAUGGUGGGAUCACUCCAAGAAGUUCAUCAGUGCCAGUAGAAAUCAAUGCAUUUGGAGAUUCCAGACCACAGUUUACUCAGAAAACAUACAAUGUGUCUGUGGCAGAAGAGCUGGCUCCUCCCGUUGAAGUAGCACAAGUUCGGUAUGAUGCUUUAAAUUCCCACAUAGUUGAGUUUCGGGUGCUGACGGAAUCUGCUUCGUUUACCAUCAAUGACACGGGAGUCAUCUCAACCACAACCAGACUGGACUAUGAAUCCCAGAAAAGUUACACUCUCAAUAUUUCCCUGUCAGAUGGAAGCACUGCUGACUAUGCCACAGUGUUUAUCAGAGUUACAGAUGUCAAUGAUAACAGCCCUGUGUUUGAUGCAACCAACAGCACCAUUGCCAUCAUGGAGAACAGGACAGUGGGGACCAACGUCACACGCGUGUUGGCCACGGAUGUGGAUGAGGGCUUCAAUGGAUUAGUGGUUUAUACCCUGAAGGGUGGAGAAGGAAAAAUGGAUAUUGACAGUUCAGGAUUCAUUUUCCUGCAAAAGGUGCUGGACAGAGAAGAACAAGACUUGUACAAUUUAACUGUGAUUGCCAGUGACCAAGGCCAACCCGCGCGAUCUACAGCGCUGAAGCUGACCGUCGUCAUCGAUGACGAGAACGACAAUGCCCCGCUCUUCUCAUCAGACAGGUAUGAAGUGAAGGUCCCUGAAAACCAGGAGCUGGGCAGUGUCCUGUGGACACUGUGUGCUACAGACAGGGAUGCUGGGGCCAACGCCCUCGUGACGUACCGAAUCACCGAGCAGCGACCUCAGACCCUCUCCCCGGUGUUCCUUGUCGACUCCAGCACGGGCCAGCUCAGCCUGAGCCACCUGCUGGACUAUGAAACCACAAAGCAAUUUGAAGUGAAAGUGCAGGCAUCAGAUGGAGGUCAGCCAACUCAGAGCAAUGAAACACUCGUAGUUGUUCUUGUACAAGAUGUCAAUGAUAACCCACCAGAAUUCAGUCAGGCAGCUUACGAUGUAUCUGUGUUUGAAAACCACCUGAAGGGGAGUCCGGUCUACACAUUCAGUGUUGCUGACAAGGAUGAGGCUGGCUUUUCUCAGGGAUACUUUGUUCUCAGCAGCACUUCAUUUACUGUGGAUUUCCCUGGAACACUCUCAUUAAGGAAUGACACAGAACUGGACAGGGAGACUACACCUGCAUUCACUUUACAAGUAUGGGCAGUUGAUAAUGUUACAAAUGGGCUUAAUUCAAGUGCCUUGUUCCACAUCACUGUUCUGGAUGUCAAUGAUAACAACCCUGAGUUUCAGAACCUGCCAUACAGUUUUGAGGCUCUGGAAGGGGAAUACACCUUGAAUAAUGCCACUAGAGUUGGACAUGUGACUGCUACUGAUUUGGAUGAGGGAGAAAAUGCACGAAUUACUUAUUACCUGUCAGCUGAGGAUGGGGAUAACCCAUACAGCAUCCAGCAGGAUGGAACCAUUUUGGUUACUGGCUCUGUGGACCGAGAAAGUAAAGACAAGUAUGAGCUGCUCCUGCUGGCAUCUGAUAACGGAGUGCCUCAGAGGCAGAACUUCACUCACAUCAGCAUCAGGGUUUUGGAUGUGAAUGACAACCCCCCUGAGUUCACAAGGGCACAGUACUCAGCCAGCAUCCCUGUGGCAGCAGCAAAGGAGGGACAGGCUGUGCUGGCAGUGUCUGCCACUGACCCCGACCUUGGGAACAACGCUCGCAUUUCAUACAGCCUCCUGAACCAUUCUGAUGAUUUCCAUAUAAAUAAUGGCACUGGAGAAAUCUCUCUCAGCAAUAACCUGGAGCACAUCACAGCUGACACAGUUGUGACACUGACAGUUGUUGCCACUGACCACGGAGAUCCUCAGCUGACCUCAAGUGCCUCUGUUACUCUCUACUUGCUGGUAGACUCCAGCUUUGGGCUGACUUUUGAGAGCUCCAGCUACGAGUUCAGCAUUGAGGAGGACAAAGCUCCAGGGAGUGCAGUGGGCUCAGUGAAGGCUCUGAGUGGCAGCAUUGCUGUGCAGGUCCAGUACUCCCUGAAAUCCCACUGGGACAAGUUCUCCAUCGGGGACCAAGGGGACAUCGUGGCCCUGGUGAGGCUGGACAGGGAGCAAGGAGACCUGUACAGCAUCCUGGUGCAAGCUGUGGAUUCCCUGGUGCCACCCAACACAGCUGUUGCUUUGGUAACUGUGAGAGUUGAAGACAUCAAUGACAACCCUCCAGUUUUCUCAGCAUGGAUCCAAACUCAUUUAUCAGCUCCUGAGAAUGCAGCUGGUCUAGACUUGGGCACAUUUUCUGCUACUGAUCUGGAUGUAGGAGAUAAUGCACUUAUCAGCUACUCUCUGCAAGAUGAUUUUGCUGGAACAUUCCAUAUUAAUAGUUCUACUGGCAAGCUGAUCACCAAAAAACCCUUAGACAGAGAAGUGGUGGACAGUUAUGAAUUGAAAAUAAUUGCCACUGAUUCUGGGAAGCCACCACAAUCUGCAAGCUUGGUUCUGAGCAUCACUGUGGAAGAUGUGAAUGACAACCCACCAGUGCUCCCCCAAAAUUCCUACUCUGUGACUGUGAGGGAGAAUGAGCCUCCACAUGUGAUUUUGAGUGCAGUGGCCACAGAUGCAGACAUAGGGUACAAUGCCAUCAUUCAUUACACCAUAACUGGAGAGACAGCUUCGUUUCAUGUUGGAGAACUUUCUGGAGAUAUUGCAACCCUUCAGCCUCUGGACUAUGAAAGUCAAUCCCAGUACAAGUUUAUUCUGAAAGCUUUCAAUCCUGGAGAGCCACAUCUCCAGGACACAGCAAACAUUACAGUUACUGUGGAAGAUGUCAAUGAAGAAGGACCCGUGUUUGACCAGCCCUCGUAUCACAGGAUCCUCCUAGACAAUUCUACAGCUGGCACACUGGUAGUGGACAUCAAUGCAAGAGAUGAAGGCAAGGGUUAUGAUGAAGGCAUUUUCUACAAUAUCUCAGGUGGAAACUCAGAAGGCCUCUUCAGUCUUUCCAGUAGCACAGGAGAGCUCAGGCUAACAAGAGAUUUAUCCACACAAACUGUUCCCCUGUACUACUCCUUGAACGUCACUGCCACGGAUUCGGGGCUGCCGCCUCUUUCAGCUUCUGUGAAGGUGUCAGUCAUGGUUGCUCCCAUGGAUGUGUCCUUCCCACUGUUCCUGGAAGAAGCCUAUCACCCUGCCCCCCUGGCAGAGCAGAGCCCCCCAGACACGUUUGUUGUGGAGGUCAGAGCCUUGUACAAGCUCCCUGUGGACUACAGCAUCACCUCUGGAGAUGAGAAGGGGUAUUUCCUUAUCCAUCCAUUCAAUGGUGUUGUAAGAACAAGUAAGAAUCUAAAACUGGAAGAUUUUCCAGUAAAUUUCAAGGUACGAGCAACAGACUCAUCCAAUGCUGCCAUAUUUAAUGAAGUGGAAGUGAAGGUGGAAGUCCUUGAUGAAAACAAUUUCCCCCCAGUUUUCCCAUCUUCUCUACUAGAAGAGAGAUUGCCAGAGCAUUCCCCUGCUACUCAGAUUGUGCAGCUGAAAGCUCAGGACAGUGACACUGGCAGAAAUGGUUUCCUGACAUAUGGCAUUCUCAAUGGACAAGGACUGAAAUUCAGCAUAAAUGAAACCACUGGAAUCCUUUAUUCCACUGCCCCCUUUGAUUAUGAAGAGGAACCCACAGAGUACCAGGUUGUGGUGUAUGCUGAAGAUGAUGGGAUCCCUGAGAAGAAGAGGGGUUACUGCACAGUUGUGAUAAAGAUCACUGACAUUAAUGACUGGCCACCUGUGUUUGAUCCAGUGCCUGAGUUCAAUGUCCAGGAAAAUGUGCCUGUGGGAUUCAUUGUUGGAAAAAUCACAGCAUCAGACAGAGACAUAGGAGACAAUGCCUUCAUUCUGUAUGAGCUCACAGGCGAGGGAGAAAAUAUAUUUGAAAUAGAUGCAAUACAGGGCAUCAUUAAGAUAAAGAACUCUCCAGACUAUGAAACCAUGAAUAAAUACAACCUCACAGUGACUGCAGUCAACAAUAAAUCUGCCCCUUUCUAUCAGGCAGCCAUCCAUGUCAGAGUUGCAGUGAUGGAUGUGAAUGACAAUGCCCCAGUGUUUGCCCAGAGCUCCUACUCUGCUGCCAUGAACAUGGUGAAUCCUGUGGGGGCUCCUGUCCUCACCGUGAGCGCCACCGACCGCGACCAGGGGCACAAUGGCCUCAUUGAGUAUUACAUCCUCCCGGACGCCGCCGUGAGCCCCUUCUUCCUGAUAGAGGAUUUGAGUGAGGGGAAGAUAAUUACAACUGGGAACCUGUCUAGGUCUGGAGAGAUGCACUUGACAGUGAUGGCAAAGGACAAAGGCUCUCCCCCUUUAAAUGGCACUGCUGUGGUUACUCUGAGCGUGUUUGACAACCGUCCCUUUGUUCCUCGCUUCAACCAAAGUGAGAUCAGCAUUUCUGUUUUGGAAAACACUGGAGUGGAUUAUUUUAUUUAUGGUUUUGCUGUGGCUGAAACUUCAGGCAAACCAAUUGACUACACUAUUGUAUCUGGCAAUGAAAGAGGUCACUUCAGACUGGAUCCUGAAAGUGGUGAGCUGAGAACAGCAGUUAAUUUGGACUAUGAGGAAGUUUCUCAGUAUGUGGUUUUAAUUCAAGCAAACCCAAGAGUCUCCUCUGCUGCAGAAGUGCAGCGUUCAGGGCUGUUUGCUGACAACGCGGCCAUGCUGGCCAUCUCCGUGCAGGACGUGAACGAGCAGCCCGCCUUCCCCAGCCCCUCCUACCGUGCCCGCGUCCCCAGCGCUGUGCCCUACAAAUACCCUGUCACCACAGUCCAGGCCACAGAUCCAGACUCAGGAGACAAUGGACGUCUGCAGUACACCUUAGUGGGAGGCCAAACCAAUGAAUUUGACAUCGAUGAAAACACAGGGCAGAUUUUCACAGUUUCUGUAGCAGGAAAAGCUGGAACGUUUUAUCUGCAAGUCCAAGCUGCAGACCAAGGCACAAGAAGACUCACAGCCCAGACAACAGUCAAUGUAACUGUUGAUUCCAGUUCCAGCAGCAAUGUUGUGAUGCUGGUGCUAAAUCAGAAGAUCAGUGCUGUGGAAAGAAAAAGUGUUGAAGUACAAAGGGUCCUGGAAGAGAAACUUGGAUGGAAUGUAUUCGUGCUUAAUAUCUAUCCCAAGGAGUCUGACAGAAAUUCAAGGAGCAGCACUGAUGAAACCCACAUAGACAUCAUUGCUUUUGAUGAGGCCCACCAGGAAGUACCUGCAGAAGAUGUGAAAAGGAAGCUGAGGGAGCAGAGGGCUGCCAUUGAGCAGGGGCUGCAGCAGGUGUUCUCAGCCCCCGUCAGCGCGGCCGUGCCCGAGGCCCCGGCGGCCGCGGCAGCCCCGGAGCGCACGGCCGCCAUCGUGCUGGGCGUGCUGCUGGCCGCCACCUUCAUCGCCUUCCUGGCCUACGUCCUGCUGGACCUCAAAAGGAAAAGAAAGUAUGGGAAACAGGAUUUGGUUAAGAAAGUUGAUGUUAUGGAGGGCAUUGAUAACCCGUGGGCAGAUGACAAAAAUGGAAGCCUGAAAAGCUUAGAAAAACCAGAACAUAUGAAUAAUUGGAGAACAGAGGUGAUGUCAUUUGACAACCUGGAAGGCACCAGAGGAGAUGAUGCUGAAAAAGAUGAAAUUCAGGCCCCUGAAAAAGGCAAUUACCUGGAGACAGUGCUGCUGGAUUACAAGGGUGAAAGUGAGGAACGUGGAGCACCUGAAAAAGCUGCUGAAAGUAGAAAUGUGGAGGUCCAGCCCACAGCGAGAUUCACAACACAACAGGACUCCUUUCCAACAGACACAAACCAGAAGCCAGCUCUCUCCUUCUUAACACCUCAGCCCACACUGCCUGCCCCUGAGAAAGAACUGAAAGGAGUCAAGUUUUCAGAGGUGGCAGUGAUUUUGGACCCAGAGCCCGGAGAUGAUGAGUCUGAGGACGAUGAGCCUGGAGAUGAUGAGUCUGAAAACGAUGAGUCUGGUGAUGAUGUAUCUCUCUGAUAAGAACACUCCAUGAAGAACAUUUUUAGAAAAACCACAAUGAGACUCAUUGGAACAGCUCAGAAUUAAAUGAGCAAUAAGAAUAUGGGAAUGUUAUCCAGAUUUUAAUUUUGUUGCUGUUUUAAGGAUGGAUGAGGAAGAGAACAAGCAAUAUGCGGGAAGGGCUGCAGUGCUGCGCUGCUUUCCCAGCAGCAGCGCUGUCUCACUGUGUAUUUAAUUUCUUCUGGCACGUGUCAAAGACAAGACAAUAAACCCGAUUCCAGAGG